AUGUCGGGUGUUGUCGAGUCAGUCCAGGCCAAGGCCCAGGAAGUCGCGAAAGAGGACUACGACCGCGCCAAAACCCUGAUCAACGAUGCUGCAAAGAGCGGGUCCUACUUGUAUCCCGUCAAGGGAAUCUUCUACUUCUUGAGCCAUCGCAGCCUUUGGAAGCCCCUCCUUAAGAAGUUGGCCCCUAUUGUGACGCUGUCUGUCGGAGUGGUGACGGGCAUGUUUUUCUUCACCUACGUGCCGCAACUCGCGCUCAUGACUUUCGUCAACGGACCUCUCGCAGUCUUCACCACAGCAGUGCUCGUCUUGAACGAGAGCUCUGCGGUCAUUUCGUUCCUCUCCAGGAACUUUGUGAUGCAGGAUGCCCUCUUGGACACCUUUGACGGCACCCUGGUUUCCAGGGACGCUACCAACCUCGUCAGUGAAGGCAGAGAGCUCAAGUCGGGCAGAGAUCCCAUUCAGAGAUUGGGAAAGAUUCUCAAGAACCCCUUCCAGCGUUUCAGCCCAAGGCAUUGGUUCGAUAUAUCAUGGGUUGUUGAUGUCAUAAGGAAGCGAUGCUUUAUCGACUGGGUUAACGCUGACGACAUACAUAACAGCUUCGGUAUUCUGGCUACGCUCCUUGAAAUGGUUCCUGUUGCUUCCGUGUUCUUCUCAUUCACGAACGCCGGUAAGUUUCACUUGGGCAAACUAGUUGGUGCGGCACUCUGGGCGGCCGAUAUCGAGAACAAGGAGACCGAGAUGACCGAUGGCACAGCUCCUGGUCUUCGUGAAGCGGCAAAGAAAGCCGAGUGA